AUGAUCACUAUUUCCAUGUACCUCACGGACACCGACGUCUCCGUGCCACGCAUUUCUCUCGCAACCGUCACGGAAGAUGCCCCGCGCGGAAAGAAUGCUGCGGAGCUCCAAACGCGGCAACGCCACGGCGGGAAUGCUACCCGAGACUCCCCUCGCCGCAAUGAGACAAGUCACACUUCGCGUGGUGAAACCAUUGACCAUGAUGAGAGGCAAGUCGAUGUGCUCGCCGAACCCGAUCCACCUGCAGCUCCAAUUUUCGUUCCCGAAGAUGUCAACAACCCAACAAGAGUACCAGUCCCACCCGACGGCUUCCCUCCUCCUACACUCCCACCAACGCACCGAAAUGCUCCGCUCUUACAAAGCAUUCGCCAAAUUAGUGCCUUGACCCCGCGCUGGCCAAAGCAUCCGGGCAUGCAUGCCAUAGAACUCCGAAGUUAUGGUCCGGCCUAUUCUUCUAUCAUUGUGUCGGAAAAACUCAAGGUCAUAUAUGUCCCUGUCUUUAAAGUUGGCACCACUUCCAUGAUGUACAACAUCGCCUACUUGGAGAACAACCCAUUCAUAAUGAAUCAACAACUGUUGGAUCCCGGGCAAAGGGACUUCCAUCUGCACGAAAUGGGAGGGCCCGCUUGGCAAAAUCACACGAUAUACAGUAGGAGCACUGAACUUAUUAGGAAAGUCUUCGAGGACCCGGAGUAUCUCAAGUUUGGCUUUGUAAGGAAUCCAUAUGAUCGCGUCAUUAGUGCCUACCUGGACAAAGUUGCCCAGUUCGGACCGGAAUCAAAGGAAUAUCAAAAACAGAUGCAUGGACUAUACGGAGACGAUCUCCAGAUGAGAAAGCUGAGAAAUGAAACAAAACCUUCUUUCCGAGAAUAUUUGCAAGCAAUAGAAAAAGUUCUCAAACAACCCAGAACCAAAAGCACCGAUUUUUGGACAAAAGACGCAUAUGAAGAUAACAAUGGUCGCAGGGAUCUCCACUGGAGACCGCAAGUCGAGCUUUUGCACCCGGAUCUUAUCCAUCUUGACUACGUUGGACGCUUUGAGUCGCUUGACGUCGAUCGCGAUGUUGUUCUUAAUUGGAUGUAUCAACAUACCGAUAGAAGAAUGCCAGAAAGCAAACUAAGAAGGAUGCACUCCACCGAUCCGGCUCAUAAAAUCCACUUGUAUGAUGACCUGAGGAACGAUCCACAGCUCAAGAAUAUGUUGGUGAGAAUUUACGAACAAGACUUCAAGUGUUUCCAUAUUUCAACAGAUGUACCUCAACCUCGCACGCCCGAUACAUAA